AUGUCUGAAUCCCAUAAUUACAAAUCUAAACUCAUAAAUGAUGCUACUUCUACACCAUGGCAAAAAAAAAGACCCACAUUAACCACAAACAUACAUGGAGAAAAACAAUCUCCAUUUUUCCUUGCCCGGGCCAUUGCUGUAGCGAUGGGAAUCCAUUUCAUUGCAAUGCUAAUGAUAUCCAGUGUCAUCGUCACAAAUUCAUCAUUCAACCAACCAGCUUCAAUUUCUUUGAACGAAAGUUACUGUGGCCCAUGUCCUAAAGACUGGAUAUGUUAUAGAAACAGCUGCUACCAAUUUUUUAGUGAGAGCAAAAGCUGGUUUCAGAGCCAAGCUUCUUGUAUAUCUCAAAAUGCCAGUCUCCUGAAGAUAUACAGCAAAGAGGACCAGGAUUUCUUUAAAUUGGUGAAGUCCUUUCAUUGGAUAGGACUGAGACAAAAUUCAACAGUUGGAACCUGGCAGUGGGAAGAUGGCUCCAUUCUCUCUCCCAAUCAACUCACACUGGUUGAUGUGGCAAAAGGAAGCUGUGCAGUUUACGGUUCAAGUUUUAAAGGUUACACAGAAAACUGUUCAACUCCAAACACAUACAUCUGCAUGCAGAGGACUGUGUAA